AUGUCUAUCUCAGUCAAACGCGCUGUGUUAAUAAGUUUCAUACUUUUCCUAUCUAUCUAUCUAUCUAUCUAUCUAUCUAUCUAUCUAUCUAUCUAUCUAUCUAUCUAUCUCAGACUGCUCAUAUCUAUCUAUCUAUCUAGCUAUCUAUCUAUCUAUCUAUCUAUCUAUGCCAUCUGUUCAUAUCUUACAUUCUUUAUCUAUCUAUCUAUCUAUCUAUCUAUCUAUCUAUCUAUCUAUCUAUCUAUCUAUCUAUCUAUCCCAGUCUGUUCAUAUGUUUCAUUCUUUAUAUAUCUACCUAUCUAUCUCAGUCUCUUCAUAUCUAUCUAUCUAUCUAUCUAUCUAUCUAUCUAUCUAUCUAUCUAUCUAUCUAUCUCAGACUGCUCAUAUCUAUCUAUCUAUCUAUCUAUCUAUCUAUCUAUCUAUCUAUCUAUCUAUCUAUCUAUCCCAUAUGUUCAUAUCUUUCAUUCUUUAUCUAUCUAUCUAUCUAUCUAUCUAUGUACAUAUAUUUCAUUUUUUUCAUUCUUUAUCUAUCUAUCUAACUAUCUAUCUCAUUUCUUUCUUUCUUUCUUUCUUUCUUUCUUUCUUUCUUUCUUUCUUUCUUUCGUUAUGCUCACCUUCUUUCUUUCUUUACAUAGCUAUUCUCUCUUUCUUUCUUCACGCUGUCCGUCUUUGUUUGUUUGUUUGUUUGUUUCUUCUUUCUUUCUUUGUUUUUCUGUUUCUUUCUUUCUUUCUUUCUUUCUUAAUUUCCUCUUUCUUUCUUUCUUUUCUCUGCCCUUCUUUUUUUCUUUCUUUCAUUCUUUCUUUCUUUCUUUCUUUAAACGUUUAUUUGCCUCUCAUUUGAUUCAGGCAGUUAAGUUUACUUGCUUCUUAUCUCCAUUUAUCUCCAUUAGUUUUCGUCCUCUUUCUUUCUUUCUUUCUUUCUUUCUUUCUUUCUUCAAGAAACACCCUUUAAUAGCUCUUUUCUUUCUUUGCCUUUCUUCACGUAGCCCUUUAUUUUCUUUCUUUCUUUCUUUCUUUCUUUCUUUCUUUCUUUCUUUCUUCACGCAGCCUUUCUUUCUUUCUUUCUUUCUUUUUUCUUUCUUUCUUAAUACGUUUAUUUACCUCUCAUUUGAUCUUUCGUUACGAAGAUUUUUUUUUCUAACUUUAUUCUUUGACUAA